GCGGGAGGAGCGGGCGGCACGGAGCGAGGCCGCCCCCUGCCGGGGACCCCGCGGCCAGGCCAGGUCGGACAAGCCGGGUGCUCCGGGCGGUUUUCGAGUCGCCAGGCCUGGGCGCCUCGACUAACCGAGGAAGGGCGCUCUGCUUCCGGCCACCCCGCUCGGGCUUAGGGGAGGGGGCUCCGGGUGACCGCCCUCGGCCCGGCUCUGCGCAGGAGAGAAGGGGCCUCCUAGAGGCUCUGGUCUGCCACAAUUGACCCGCCCCUAACUGCUCAGCUUGGCUUUUAGGGGCUCGGACUUUGGGCUGGUUUGAGGAGAGGGUUCCAGGACCUCUGAUCCUGGUCGGGCUCGGGGCAGGCAGGGGUCUCCGCUGGGUCUAGUGCGCUGACCCGGGACUGUCGUGUCUGGGAUGUCUGGUCCCGGGUGGCUGCAGACAGAGCAGCGGGCAGAAAGGUGAGGGCCCUGAACGAUAUGUGAAAUGGGUACCCGAAGGCUGGGGAGGUCCCAGGGGAGUGCCGGGAGGCUGCCGGUGGCCAGAGCCGCGUGCGCAGCCGGCAGGCAGCGUGGAGCCGGUGGGCUGAAUCUUCACCACUGUCCUGCCGGGUUCCGCCCCUCCCGGCCCCGCCCCGAGGCGGUGCCAGCCCAGGCCCCGCCCCUGGGAGGGCGCUUCCGGCACAGCGGAACUCCGGGUGCCGGUUGAGGUUGCUGGUGGACCUGCUCUGGUGGUCUUGGAUGAGGCCCCAAUGAGCGCGGCGCCCCUGGUGGGCUACAGCAGCAGCGGCUCCGAGGAUGAGUCCGAGGACGGGAUGCGGACCAGGCCGGGGGAUGGGAGCCACCGUCGUGGCCAGAGCCCCCUUCCCAGGCAGAGAUUUCCAGUACCUGACAGUGUGCUGAACAUGUUCCCGGGCACCGAGGAGGGGCCUGAAGAUGACAGCACAAAACAUUGGGGACGGGUGCGCACCUUCCCGCACGAGCGCGGCAACUGGGCCACCCACGUUUAUGUACCAUAUGAAGCCAAGGAGGAGUUCCUGGAUCUGCUUGAUGUGUUGCUGCCGCAUGCCCAGACAUAUGUCCCCCGGCUGGUAAGGAUGGAGGCGUUCCACCUCAGCCUGUCCCAGAGUGUGGUUCUGCGCCACCACUGGAUCCUCCCCUUCGUGCAGGCUCUGAAAGCCCGUAUGACCUCCUUCCAGAGAUUCUUCUUUACUGCCAACCAGGUAAAGAUUUACACCAAUCAAGAGAAAACCAGGACCUUUAUUGGGCUUGAGGUCACUUCAGGGCAUGCCCAGUUCCUGGACCUGGUUUCAGAGGUGGACAGAGUCAUGGAGGAAUUCGACCUCACCACUUUCUACCAGGACCCUUCUUUCCACCUCAGCCUGGCCUGGUGUGUGGGUGAUGCACAUCUCCAGCUGGAGGGGCAGUGCCUGCAGGAACUACAGGCAAUCGUGGAUGGGUUUGAAGAUGCUGAGGUGCUGCUGCGUGUGCACACUGAGCAAGUCCGCUGCAAGUCUGGGAACAAGUUCUUCUCGAUGCCUUUGAAGUGAGCACCAGAGGCCUUCCUCCUCCAGGGCCCUCUGCAGACCAGGCUGAGAUGGAGGAACCUGCUAAAAUUGAUGGAGAUGCUUCUAGCCUCCCAGUAGGAGGCCCCAGCCAUGCCUUCAACCUGGCAGGAGGUGUAGCCACUCCUCAUCCUCCCUGAGUGCUGAUAUUCUCUCUCUCUCUCUCUCUUUCUCUUCCUCUUCUUUCUCUCUCCUCUCCUCUCUCUUCCUCUCCUUUCUCUUCCUCUUCCUCUCCUCUCUCUUCCUCUCCUCUCUCUUCCUCUCCUCUCUUCCUCUCCUCUCUCUUCCUCUCCUCUCUCUUCCUCUCCUCUCUCUUCCUCUCCUCUCUCUCCCUCUCUUCUCUCUUCCCCUCCUGUCUCUCUUCCUCUCCUCUCUCUCUCUCCCUCUCUUCUCUCUUCUUCUCCUCUCUUCCUCUCCUCUCUCUCCUCCUCUCCUCUCUCUCCUCCUCUCCUCUCUCUCCUCCUCUCCUCUCUCUCCUCCUCUCCUCUCUCUCCUCCUCUCCUCUCUCUCCUCCUCUCCUCUCUCUCCUCCUCUCCUCUCUCUCUUCCUCUCCUCUCUCUUUCUUCCUCUCCUCUCUCUCUCUUCGUUUCUUCUCUCUCUCCUGUCUCGGCUGUUGUGGGUUGCAGGUUGGGUGCUGCUGUGUUGUGGUCCUUCCCAGAAACUACCAGUAGAGGGCAGCCUGGGCAUCCUAAUUCUUACUCUGGUUGUUACACAAAGAAAAUAUUGGGGUCACUGGCGAGCCCACCCACACUUGCCAGAAUCUCCACUGUAGUCCCCCUAACAAACAGCCCUUCACUCCUUCUCCCACUUCAGCAAUUUGUAUUUUGAUGCCAUUGGCCUCAGAUCAGAGUGUUUUAAAUCAUCACGCCCUGGCUUAUCCCUGGUCAAGCCAGGACACGGGGUGCUUCAGUGGGUCUGUCACCCUCUCUCCUUGAAGCAUGUCGCUUUUAUUUAUUUACUUUUACUCUCACCCUGCUCCUGUGCCAGCAGGGGCCACUUCAAAGCCAAGGUACAGGGUGAUAACUUGUGGUCCAGCAUCAGUUUUCUCCACUUCUUUCUCCCACUCACCCCCAGCAAGGUGCCUGGGGAGACUUGAGCAGAUGUUUCAUCUUGGCCUGGCCAGUGGCUGAAAGCCAGGCCUCCAAUGCACUGUGACCUUUGGCUUCCCCAGCAGCUUUCCCAGAGAGGCAGAGGGGCCUUCCACAGCCCGGGUUCUCCUGCUGCCUCCUGCCUGCUGCAGCUGCAGGCAUUCUGAGGGGCAACGUGGAGGAAGGGCCAGGGAUGUAUGGGAUUUUAAUUUUUUCAUCAAACCUUCCCCAUGGCAAAGAAACAGUCAGUCCUCUUCAGGUGUCUUCUGGAUUUCUGGUGAUGGAGAGAGAAAUCUUUUUAUGUUACAGUUUUAAAUUAUGUUCAACAAAUAAAAAUUGCAUUUUUUUAUUUUGGA